GAUACUAGUAUUACUAGGGACAUAAUUUGCCAAAACUUUUUCUAUAAUCAAAUCUCUCUAGUCUAAAAGCAGAGCCCAAAGGAAGGAUGAACAAAACGUAUAAAGGGAAGACGCCGACGGGAACUCCGUCUCUGGCAUUGUCAACAGCCAUCGUCGUUGUUUCCCUUCUCGCUGGAGCCUCCGUCAUCCCCAACAUCUACAAGCCAGAUCUCAGUUUACCACCCGUGGAAAGUGGUGAAGUGGCCAACAAGGAGGAUGCUGCCAACAAAGUUUGAAAUAUCUUUCAGUAAUACUCUUUUCCUGUUUAAAUUAUAUGGUAAACAAACAUGGAUAAAGUUUGAAUCCGACAGAGAGAACACAUACAAAUAAAGCUUUUUUGUCCAUUAA